CGUCAAACCGGAUAGAUGGAUAAGAUUCUACUGAUUCUCAUGUUAUCCAUCGUUGUUUGUAAUGGCCGACCACCACGGCAUAAUCAGGCCGAACAUAUUACAACGACAGUGAAUCGUCGUAGUACAUCAGUUUUACGUGCAAUUGCCCUUUACGCCAACCCGUUCGGAUGGAUUGGAACACCAAGUUGGCCCCGCCGUACGACCAAAGCCAACAGGAAGACCAAAACAAACGUCAGUUACCUUUGGGUCAUCGAAAUCGAUCACUCGAAUCACUGGUGGUUUACCGUCUAUGAGAAAGGAUCGCAAAUUCCCGGACCGGAUAAAAAAGCAAUCAUGAAAUUGUUCUAAAAA